CGCGUUUAGUUGGUCGGCGUCGGCUUGUAAUGUUGUGUAUUCUGUUAUUUGGCGGCGGGAGCUGAAUGCUGAUCAGUUUAUUGUUGUUGUUGUUGUCGUUGGUGGUGUUGCUGCUACCGUUGUGCACGUAGUGACAAAUGUAUUUGUUUCAACCUUAAUUUAGAAUUAGUUGAAAACAGUGACGAGUGUGCGGAGAGAAACGCUGGGAGGCAGGUACAUGACGAAAAGUACAGCCAGGACAUAGGAUGACUAGGACAAGUCUUUGGUGCAUCCUGGCUGCUUGCAUUCUGUGCAGUAUUGCCUAUUGUGAUGCAUCACCAUCGCUCCUUUUCGUUACCUACAAGGAUAUCAGGGUGGCGAACGUCUCCCGUUCCAACAAAGUAUCGAUUCUCGUCAAAGAUCUUUCGCAGGAGAGCGCAGCUUUGGACUUUUACUACGAACGAAACCUGGUGUGCUGGUCUGACAGUGGUCUAGAAGUGAUACAGUGCGUCAAUUCAAACAGCACGUAUACCGGGGACAAGUUUACAGUGGUAAAUUCAAGCAUGAUAUCGCCCGAGGGUUUGUCCUGCGAUUGGUACACCGGUAAGCUUUAUUGGACAGACGGUGAAAAAAAGCAUGUAGAAGUUACGAGCAUCGACGGUUUACACAGAAAAGUACUUUUUUGGACGGAGAUUUAUCAACCUCGUGCGAUUGCCGUUGUACCUAUGAGAAGUAUACUAUUUUGGACGGAUUGGGGUGACGUGCCCAAGAUCGAGACUGCUGCUAUGGACGGUGAUCCUAACACUCGCGAAGUGAUCGUAUCUGAGGAUAUAUUCUGGCCAAAUGGUUUGACCAUCGAUUACGAGGCAGAAUUGGUAUACUGGUCGGAUGGAAGGUUGAAGUUCAUUGCUGUUAUGGAUUAUCACGGUAAGAACAGAAGAAAAGUCGUCAGCCAAGGACUGGAUUAUCCCUUUGCUAUCACUUAUUUCGAUCAGAAGUUGUACUGGACCGACUGGCAAACAUGGUGUAUUCACUCGUACGAUAUUCAGGGGCAAAGUCACCCCAGAGAAUUGUUUCACGGUGAAUACAUACCGGGUGCCAUAGAAGUUUGGGAUCCAAGGAGGCAACCUUACGGCGAUAAUCCGUGCAGGCACAACAAUGGAAAUUGCUCCCACUUAUGUCUGCUCAGUCCGAAACCACCAGGAUAUACGUGUGCCUGUCCAACUGGCGUUAAGCUCAUUGAUAACACUACCUGUGCCAAUGGACCUGAGGAACUUCUUCUCAUUGUACAGCGAACUGAGAUAUGCCGGCUGUCGCUUGAUUCGCCAGACUACACAGGGUUUCCGCUUCCUUUAACCGGUAUCAAAUAUGCGAUUGCUAUAGACUUUGACCCAGUUGAAGAAAUGCUCUAUUGGACUGACGAAGCGGCCUGUGGUAUACGGAGAACAAAUCUGAAUGGUACCGAACAGGAGGAUAUUGUCACAACGGAAGUUAAAAAUCCUGGCGGUAUCGCUAUCGACUGGAUAGCCAGAAAUUUGUACUGGACCGAUACAGGGACUGAUCGAAUAGAGGUAGCUCGUUUGAAUGGAACAAGUAGAACAGUGUUGAUAAACGAAGAUCUUAUCGAACCAAGGGCUAUAGCAUUAGCACCAGAAUUGGGUUGGAUGUUUUGGACAGAUUGGAACGAAAAGAGACCAAAGAUUGAACGUAGUAGCUUGGAUGGUAGCGAUAGAAUUUUACUAAUUACUAAAGAUAUUGUUUGGCCGAAUGGUAUUGCAAUUGAUCUAGAGAGGAAGAAAAUAUACUGGUGCGACGCAAAGACUGAUAAAAUAGAAGUGUGUAAUAUGGACGGUACCGACCGAAGAGAAGUCAUCACUGAUAAUUUACCCCAUAUGUUCGGAUUAAGCCUUUUAGGAGAUUAUCUAUACUGGACGGAUUGGCAAAGAAGGAGUAUAGAUCGAGCACAUAAAUUGACUGGUGCCGAUAGAGAAGUCAUCGUGGAUCAAAUGCCCGAUGUCAUGGGGUUGAAAGCCGUACAUUUAGGAAUAGUUGAAGGGACCAAUCCAUGCGCAAUUAACAACGGCGGCUGUAGUCACUUAUGCUUGAAUAGGCCUGGUCAUAAUUACGUUUGCGCGUGCCAAAUUGGGUACGAAUUGACCAAGGAUGAACGAACCUGCGUUAUACCUGACGCGUUUCUCUUAUUCUCAAGGAAAGAAAACAUCGGACGAAUCAGCAUUGAGAAUGCUAAUAAUGAUAAUAUCAUACCUGUAACCGGGGUAAAAGAUGCAAGUGCCUUAGAUUUUGACAUGAGUGACAAUCGAAUUUAUUGGACUGACAUCAAGGUAAAAGCGAUAACUCGGGCAUUCAUGAACGGUUCCAAAAUGGAGAGGGUCGUCGACUUGGGAUUAGAAACCCCUGAAAGCUUAGCGGUCGAUUGGAUAUCCCACAAUUUAUAUUGGAGCGAUACAGGGACACAGAGAAUAGAAGUUGUACAUUGGAAUCGGUAUAGCAGACGUGUUUUGAUAUGGCAAGACCUUAGCAAACCCAGAUGUCUGGCAUUGGAUCCAGGAAGAGGGCACAUGUAUUGGACGGAAGAGCAGGGUGUUGGUAGCAUAGAAAGAGCUGCACUCGAUGGCUCACGAAGAACAGUGAUAUUAUCUCACAUUGGCCAAGCACAUGGCUUAACGAUCGAUCAUUUGGAGCGUCGUUUAUACUGGGCAGAUCUUUCCAUACCUGCAGUGGACAGCUACGAUUUACAGACCAAAAAGAGAAAAUCAAUCAUCACUCAGAAUAUAGUCUAUCCAUUUAGUGUGACUCAGUAUCUGGACUAUAUUUAUUGGACAGAUUGGAAUACAGGUGAUAUUGAAAGAGCCAACAAGACGAACGGGGCGAAUCGAACAAAGAUUCAUAGUCGGUUAGAAUCCGUUACGGAUUUAUUGGUCUUUCAUGCAUCGAGACAAUCCGGUUGGAAUCCAUGUGCUGAAAAGAAUGGAUAUUGCAGUCAUUUAUGCAUAGCUUUGCCAGGAAUUGGCGGAAAACCGUCAACCACUUACAAAUGUGCUUGUCCGACCCACUACAGCUUGGCACCUGACAACAAAACUUGCAUCGCUCCCAAAACCUUCAUAAUUUACAGCCUUCGCAAUGUUAUUGGUCGCCUUUUACCUGACACCAACGAAUGUCCAGAUAUUGUACUGAGAGUUCAAGGAUUGAAAAAUGUUCGCGCCAUAGAAUUUGAUCCCAUCACGCAGUAUGUCUUUUGGAUAGACAGUCGUAUACAAUCGAUCAAGAAGACACUUGAGAAUAAGCUGCACGUGGCGGUAGUGAUUCCUGGUAGUUCAGGACAUCCCUUUGACCUAGCUUUAGAUCCUUUGGGAAGAUUGUUGUUCUGGUCGUGCUCAAUAAAUGAUGCAAUCAAUGUCACCAGGCUAGACAAUGGAUCGAUGCUGGGAGUUGUGGUGAAGGGUCUCGGCGAGAAGCCAAGAAGUAUAGCAGUUCAUCCUGAGAAAAGGCUGCUUUUCUGGACGGAUAUAAGUGGUGAUGUAAAAAUCAUGCAGAGUCUGAUGGAUGGUAAAGAGCGAGUAGUCAUUGCAUCUAACUUGGAAACUUCUACGAGCAUAACAGUUGAUCCCAUCUCUGAUCUUAUCUAUUGGACUCAUGGAAGACAAAUCGAGUUUGCAGAUCUGUUAGGCCGGAAUAAGAGAGUCCUGGUUUCCACCGGAUAUGUCAGUGUAACACACAUGACAAUUUUAUUUGACUACCUGUAUUGGUUAGAUAGAGAAGGACAAGUGAUCGAAAGAGUCAACAAGACAUCAGGAGCAGGAAAAAAAACUUUACCCAAUCGUCAUCACAUUAUCGACCUGGUUUCUGUAAGAACUCCACAUGAUAAAGUAAUGGAAUCGCACAUUUGCAGUCCGCUCAAUAACCACGGAGGUUGUUCUCAUUUUUGUACUGGAAUUUCAUCACCUAGAUGUUCUUGUCCCCAAUCACUUGUACUCUCGGAUGAUGGUCGAACUUGCAGAGCAACUGCAGCUUGUGGUGCUGAACACUUUACAUGCUCAACUGUUGCUAAAAAUUGCAUACCAGCUACUUGGCGUUGCGAUGGCCAAAGUGAUUGCCCUGAUGGUAAUGAUGAACUAGGGUGUCCACCAUGUAGACAAGAUCAAUUCAAAUGUCAGAAUGGACACUGCAUUGAUAUGUCCUGGGUUUGUGAUGGUACACCACACUGUGUCAACGGGAUCGAUGAAGCCCACUGUUGUCAAUCUAGAGAAUUUCAGUGUACAACAACAAGGGUCUGCAUAUCAAGAUCAAAGCUUUGCAAUGGUUGGGAUGACUGUGCGGACGGUAGCGACGAAACAUCACCACCUUGUACAGCAGCUAUUCCUACAGCAGCUAUUUCUACAGCAGCUAUUCCUAAGCAGAAUGGUGCAAUGCUGAUAGCAUUUGGGCACGGCAUAUAUAUAGUUGGUGCUCCUUUAGUGAUAUUUAUAAUCAUAUUGGCAGGCGUGGGUUAUUGUUGUUGCAGAAGAAGACGUAACAACGCAGGCCUGCCAGACAUUUUACACGAUUCAGCAGGUGAGCCACUCUCUCCUAAACAUGGGAGAGUUAACAUAAAAUCAAUGCCUAUCCAGAAAAAUGGAAGAAAAGAUUUUAAGCCUGUUAUGGAGACUGUCAGAUUGUCAAAUUUGAACGGAAGUAGCAUUGGCUCGAGCUACGAUCGUAGUCAUAUAACUGGCGCAUCGAGCUCUACGAGAGGAAGCUCGGCUGGCAGUUACCCUCAGGAGACGUUAAACCCUCCUCCUAGUCCGGCUACUACAGCUAACUCAACAAGAUACUCUAGUAGUAAUGCAUCUAGAUACAGACCUUAUCGCCAUUAUAGACAAAUUAAUCAACCACCGCCUCCGACACCGUGCAGUACUGACGUCUGCGAUGAGUCUGACAGCAAUUACCCUGCACGGUAUAGGUAUGAAAGUGAGCCAUUUCCACCUCCUCCUACACCUCGAUCUUACAGUCACAGUGAUGCUGCUAUGAGCUGUCCGCCUUCACCUAGUUCUAGGUCUUCAACGUAUUUUAGUCCGUUACCUCCACCGCCGUCUCCGGUACCUUGAGUAAACAUGUAAUUUUAUGAUACUGCCUUGAUACGAGGUGUAGAUCUCCAGAUUUGACAAACGGUAAUGGCAGCUAUUCGACUGCAUUCAUCUGCUAAUUCGAGCUUUACUCAAACCAUGAGACACGCUUCGCUUGUGAGAGCGAUAUGACGGGAGUAAAUGCAAAAUUCGUACGUACAGAAUUUAGUGUAAUUAAUUCAUAAAGUGCAAAUAUACAUAUAGAUAACUUACCCACCUGUACAAAGCCAAUACCAUUGUGCCUGGUAGAUACGAUUUGGUCUAAUUGUGUACAGGAUUUGUUUGUACAGCAGUAUGGACACUUGUACACAUAGUUCAUAGUGGCCAUUGUAAAUAUUGUACGAGUGCAAGCUGACGAAUGUGCGUGUGAGCCUGUAGAUAUGUAUAAGCUUACUUCUAAAGGGUAUAAAUAAUUGUAAAUUACUUCGUAUUAACUUAAGUUACAACCAAAAUCAGCCUACAUGACGCGGACAUGACAAGGUUGUCGUCCUUGUGUAAAUCUAAUCCGUAAUUUUUUACUAUACUCCGUUUAUUGUGAUAUACAAUCUAAAUCCGUACUUUAGUUGGGUUCAUAAUCGAGCAUGUUAUUAUCAUAGACACACAUCCGUAUUCUAUGUUGCUUACCUUCCCAGCAUAGAACCAAAGGCUGAAUUGGAUACAUGUUUAUGGGGUAUUUGAAUUUUCUAUUACACAAUCAUGUUAGAAGACUAAAUAAUAUAACUAUACCUAUAAAAUUUUAAAACCUUUUGAAUUUAUCAAGAUUAGUCUAUUCUUUUCCUUUUUCUGACAAUAUGACUUCUUUUUCUAAAAGUGACACUAUCUUUCACAAGUUUGCCUUGUGCAGUCUUGUUGCAUUCCCAGCCGAGGCUGACAAUAGACAUAGAUAUAUGUAUAAUGCAAUUAAUGCUACAAUAUUCGUGUUUAUUGACAUGUAACUGCACGUUUUCAAAAAAGCUCCGUCUUUUACGAAUUAUUCUGAUUAUCCAAGGAAACUUAUUCAAGAAAAAUAUCUUCAAAUAUGGGACACGAAAACAUAACUCACGAAAUAAUUGGAUAGCUACUCCAGCCAGAACUAAAAAUUUUUCUUCAAAUUAGUGUUUGUAUAACUAACUUUAUACUGCCGUCAGCAUUAUUCGAGAAUCUUACGUGAUUGUAAACUUGUAUGGACAAAUUGUGAUUUACGUAACACUGAUAGCACUGAAAUUUAUUUUUUUCAUCAUUAUAUAUUUCAGUACGCUAUUAAAAAUAGUUCAGUUCCGUUCAAUUAAACUGAUUCUUGAACACCACUUUCUUCAAAGAUCAUUUUAUAAUUGGUGCGAAACUCGUGAUACCCAAAAUUGAAAUAUUAAUUUUUGCGAAGGUAGUGAUGCACAAACUUGAACAUGGGAUUGUUCUUGUGACGUAAUUAAAAUUCAUAUAACUGUGCCAUGGUAUGUAUAUACUUUGUAUUGAAACUUCUGUAACAUUGAAGUUGAUUGGAAAAUCGCAAAAUCUCGAAAAAAUUUAAUAUGAUAUUUAAGAAAUUUUUCAAUUCUAUAAUUCCACUGGUAGUAUUUUGAGCAAGAUUUCUGAUUCAAUUUUUAUUCUCGUUUAGUAUUCAAGACUGAAAUUAUGACCUAUAUUUUGUAUGUUUGCCAUCAUCGCAUCACAUCAUUAUAACUAAAAUAUUUAUAAGAAUAUAAAGAUAAUAAAUAAAACUUUUGUUAAUGUAUUUUAAAUCAUAGUAUUGCUAAUUAUUAUCAGCAUUCAUUCUAAGUAGGGAAGCAGAAUUAGAAUUCUGAAUCAAUUCAACAAUUCGUUAAGUGUAUUUCAAAUGCGUUUGUUUGUAAUUAAUUCACCGUUCAACAUUUGCCGCAUUAGCGGCAAUACUAUUUACCAAAGUACGUUACAAGUAGAUUCAGUAAUAGUAAUAUUAAUAAUAAUGAAAAUAUGAAUAUCUGCUUUAUUAUCCAAAGAAAUAAGAAGUGAGGUUCAGCUACAACUGUUUUGCAAACGAAUCCAAUUCCCUUAUGUAAUACUUUAUUUCCAUUUGUUUGAUUGAUUUCGAAAUUUUCCUGUAGGGUUGUCUCUCUCGUCCUGGGCUGCUAAUUCUUCAUCCAGGAGUAACUCAAAAUUCCCCAUAGCUUCAGGCGACGGACACUUAUUCCAUCUGACGCUAUUGUGAAUGGAAUAAAAAACUUGCUAAUCUACGAUACCUCAAUUGACUUGAUAUCAAAUUAAAUGAUCAAUAUGACUUACUCAGGUACACCGUCGGGAGGAACGACUACUGAUAUAAUGUUGUCAAUCAAUUUGUACUUUAGAAUUCGAUCGUUCACCGUAGUGGAAGUUAAAGAUGGUGAUGCGUUAACCUGGUUAAUCAAAGAAUUCAGAACGUCUACCUCAUAUAUCAUGUUUUCAGGGCAGUUUUCACGGAUUGGCCUCUCAUAGCGAUGUUUUUGUUUACAAUUCUUGGCCAAUAGUAAUCUACUUUUCCGGACUCUGUCAACAAAAGCAUCAACGUCGAGUGACGAAUACAAUAUACCCCCUAAUCCGUAUACGGGUAUUUCACUAAACAUCAAUCAACGAUCAUCACACCAAAAUUAAUUCCGCACGUGUUCAUUCGCAUGCCAAUAAAAUGUCACCCUCGGCUAGUCCUGCUAAAGGUGUGCAGUGGAUGCACUAUGGAGCAGAUGUGAUAAGGCACAUUGGACGGGGACGAGGAAUAGCCCGUUCAAAUUUACCAGUAGGCGAAUGCCUAUGUCAGAGGUCCCAUUGUUACCUCCUCUGCGAGGUCUGCGGCUUUCUCGGAUGGGGACGAAUUAGAUACAGCUGUCCAAAACAUCCUCAGACAAUCUUUCUGAUCGAUAUGUCCGAAUGUCCUCGAUGUCGUGCAUAUGGGUAUAUGAUUAUGGAGUUUUAAGAAGACAAUUACUGCGACAUACUUGAAGCGCCAAAGAUAUAAAAAAAUAUGCUGGGUGUACAUAUUUAACGUUAUUAUUUUCUCAAAGUAACACGAAGCUUUAAGUUGAAUCUCAAUUUCUGGGAAUGAAUGGUAUGCAUCAAAAAUAAUAUAAUGCAAAAGCAUAUCGG